CAAAGCAUCACCACGUGGCCCUCCCUUAGCAACGGGAAGAGAUGUUUUGGCACAGUCAGCUGGGGGCCAGGUUAGGAUCCCCGAGGGGAAUCCACAGGGUCGCGGGCAUCUGGAAGAGGCGAGGAGGAUCAGCAGUCAGUUUAUGAGGCGACUGCUGUCUUUUAAAAGCACACGGCCUUUAAGCAUCAGGUUUUUUGUUUUGUUUUUGUUUAAAAAGCCAUUCUGCAAAAAUGAACCAUCCUCACCCUGGAUUACUUGCAAAUUACAACAGUCUAACAGACAAGCACCUGGCAGGCUACUUCAGCAACACCCGGAUUAGACGUCACCUGCGGAGAUCAGGGCUGAUCUCAAGAAGUGGAAGAAUAAUAUCAGAGAAGGAAUAUCAGCUAAAUGCUAUGAGGAAGGAUCACCAUAAGUAUAUACGGGAAUGUUUGGCCCAGGCCAUAUUCCACAAGGUGCUUGACAUGGAACGUCAUCACCAGGGUGAGAUAAAAAGAAAAUUUGAAACUUCUGCCAGAAAAGACCGUAUUCAGAGAGUUAAGGUGGAACGAUCAAGAAGGGCAGCGGAAGAUGGACCUCGCCUGCUUUCCCCACACCCACCCACUGGGCCAAGAAAUCGCUUGGGGCGCCGCAGAUUUGGCAACAGGGGGCAGUUAGGUCAACUGGCUACCUAUCCUCGACCAAGCACCGCGCCAGGGAGCAUACAGCAACCAGUCCGACUGCAGCCACUUCUCAGCUGUGCCACAGAUGAAUCUGCACCAAAGGCUGCUUCUAGACCAAAGCACCUCGUCUAUGAGAAAGAACAUCAAUAUGCCAGCGGGGGAGAGAAAGGGCUGCUAAAAUCUCUGGAUUAUUCAGCUGGAAUAUCCCCAUACCGACUUCCUAUCGUUAACAAUUUUAUGGUACCUAUUCCACCACCUCCCAGAAGUGAGAAGAAAAGUGGGGCACCGAGAGGCCGCCGUUUUCGCCCAACAACCGCACCCAAUGGCUUGGAGCAAAUGAUGAAGGAGACAGUGAAGUUCUACAGGCCUCAAAUACAGAGCAAUGCGUAUGUUACCAUGAUCUAUUUGGGGAAAACAGUGCACCUGUCCUAUGACCUUUUAGACAACCGAGAGGAAAUCAAAAUAUAUCAACAGCACUGUGGAGGUGAAAACCUGUGUGUGUUCAGAGCCAAAGUACUGGAGGGAGAAACUUUUCAGUUUGUCUCCAAGCGGCAUUACGGCUUCCCCUUCAGUCUCACUUUUUACCUCAAUGGAAUGCAAGUGGACCGCUUAAGUACCUGCUGUGAAUAUAAACAUCGGAAGGGGACUCGGCUGGGAGGCAAACAUGGAUACUUUGGUCUUGUCAAUGUGGAACGAUCAGCUCCUUGCUACAGGUGUAUCAUCGCAAUGGGUCUGGACAAAAAGCCUUUGCCUCCCAAGAAAAAGAUCGCUGUUGCCGAUGAAGAAAAGAAAGAAGAUUCUGCGAAGGAAGAAUAUAGCAAUAAGCUACCAGGAAGUAGCAGCAGUGGAGAGGAAAGCAAAUAUUUAAGGUUUACUCCAGCUCCCAGACAACAGAAAGAAUUUGUGGGAGAUGCUCAAGAAAUGCAAGUGCAGGCAAGAAAAAGAGGGAUAGAAAGAGCCCCUGGUGAUUAUGAAAAGAGCCCAAGAAUUGCAGCAAUUGAUGCAUACGAUGAAGAUUUUGAAGCAGAUGAAGAGAAAUCAGAUGGGAAAGUUAAUGAAGAAGGACAGGCUGGUGAUCAAAUGAAAAGAAUGUCAAAGUCACCCUCAGAUGAUGAAAAAGAUAAUUUAGACCAUGAAAAGGAGAAUAAAAAGUCAUCACUGAAAGCUUUGCGGGCCUCUGACAGUGAACGAGAUGAAAGUGAUGGAUACACCGGGAGUGACUUGGAGGAGGAGAGAAAACAAGACAGGAAGGUUGCACGCUCCCUCUCCUCCAGCAGCAUGCCAUACAGCAGUGAAAACGACUCUGACCGCGAGACAGGAAAGCAAGGCCGCAAGCGAGAGAAGACCGACAGACAUUCAGGGUAUGAAAGUGAAACCACAAAGACCCAAAGAGAGAAAGGCCAAGGAACCGAUGUGGAGGAAGAGCCAGACAUGGGGGACGCCCCCAGCAAAGCAGCCAGAGACGUGCCACGCACCUCUCACAAAGUCAGGAAGGCAAGAAGUCAAGACUCAAGUCCAGGCAGUGAGGAAGGCAAGGUUGUAGGUUCGGUGCACAGGAGUGUGAGGGACGACAGGGAAAAGGAUGUGUUAGGGCAUUCUGAACACAGCCAUCGAGCAGAGACCAGAAGCAGAGGACCUUCUGAAGAUGAGGAUGAAGGUGAUGGCAAAUCCGUCAAAGAGAAAAUAGCUGAGGCCAUGGAACAUGAUCGACUUUUGAGUUCUGAACCUGAACCAAGUGACUCCAGUACGGAGGAUGAGGAGGAGGAGAGCAUAGAUAAGAAAGAUAAACAUAAAGGAGAUAAACAUAAAGUGCCAGAUGGAGCUUCCUUGGCAAAAGAAUCGAGAGCGCUUGAAUCACAGAAGGUUGCGGGGCAAGUGGAACAUGCAAGACAGAUGGUGGGCAAGGAAAGAGCACUUGACGAAGAGGAGCUUGCCGAUGAGGAAGGCCCCGAAGAAACAGCUUUGGGAGAAGAAUUGCGAGGCAAAGAUGUAACAGCUCGUAAAGCAAAACGAGCAGGAAAUAAGGAGCUUGCAGAAGAACUGGAGGAAGAAGCAGAAGCAGAAUCAGAUUUGGACAAUGCUGAAAAAGAAGUCAUGCAUCAGGAAGGAAAGGCAGCUGGGGGAAAGGCAAAAGCAGAGAAAAAGCUCAAAAAACCAAAGAGUUCUCUGGGGAAGGGAGAGAAAACACAAGAUGAAGAAGAGGCUUUGGGAGAUGAUAUGGAAAGUAAGGAAGGCAAAUUAUUGAAGGGAGGUGUGAAGGACAAAAUGAAAAUCCAACUGGAGGAUGGUUCUUUUGUGGAAGGAGAAGACAUGGCUCCGGGGUCAAACCUUGAAGGGGUUGUCUCCACAGAUGAGGAAAAAGCAGCUGUUUCUGGAGCCCUAGUAUAUGGCGGCAAAGGUGUCAGACAAGGAGUUUCAUCUGAAAUGGAGGAAAUAGUCCAAGACAUUUCAGGCCUGUGGGGGGGUGAGAGCCAAAAAACAUCUCCAGAAGUGAAACAGAAGAAAAAAAUCUCUAGAGAUGAAGGUUCAGCUCAACAGAAAGUAGCACCUCGGGUGGGUGAACGCUUUUCGGAAAGUGAGGCUGAGGGGGUCGUUUCAGCAGCAGAAGAUGAAGAAAUGAGAGACCAGGGAGCAAGAGUAAUACGAAAGGCAGAGAGGUCAGCAGGCAAGCCGAGUUCAGAAAGAAGGGCUGGAAGAAAACCACACUUAGAAGUGAGAGAGAAGAAAAGAAUAUCUAGAGAUGAAGGUUCAGCUCAAGAGGAACUAGAACCUUGGGAAGGUGAAUCCUUAUCAGAGAGUGAGGCUGAGGGAGUCAUUUCAGGAGCAGAAAAUGAAGACACUACAGCCCAGGAAGCAAGAGUAAUACGAAAGGCAGAGAGGUCAGGAGUCAAGCCAAGUUCAGAAAGAAGGGCUGGAAGGAAAACACACGUAGAAGUGAGAAAGAAGAAAAGAAUAUCUAGAGAUGAAGGUUCAGCUCAAGAGGAACCAGAACCUUUGGAAGGUGAACCCUUGUCGGACACUGAGAUUGAGGCGGUUGUUUCAGCAGCAGAAGAUGAGGAUAUGACAGCCCAGGAAGCAAGAACAAUACGAAAGGCAGAUAGGUCGGCGGUCAAGCCAAGUUCAGAAAGAAGGGCUGGAAGGAAAACGUAUCAACAAGAGAAGAAAAGAAUAUCUAGAGACGAAGAUUCAGCUGGACAGAAACUGGAAUCUGAGGUGGAUGAACCCUUGUCGGACAUUGAGGCUGAGGGGGCCAUUUCUGAAGCAGAAGAUGAAGACACGACACCCCAGGAAGCAAGAGUAAUACGAAAGACAGAGAGGUCAGCAGUCAAGCCAAGUUCAGAAAGAAGGGCUGGAAGGAAAACACACGUAGAAGUGAGAAAGAAGAAAAGAAUAUCUAGAGAUGAAGGUUCAGCUCAAGAGGAACCAGAACCUUUGGAAGGUGAACCCUUGUCAGACACUGAGAUUGAGGGGGUUGUUUCAGCAGCAGACGAUGAGGAUACGACAGUCCGGGAAGCAAGAGUAAUAGGAAAGGCAGAGAGGUCGGCGGUCAAGCCAAGUUCAGAAAGAAGGGCUGGAAGGAGAACGCAUCAACAAGAGAAGAAAAGAAUAUCUAGAGACGAAGGUGCAGCUGGACAGAAACUGGAAUCUGAGGUGGACGAACCCUUGUCAGAGAGUGAGGCUGAGGGGGUCAUUUCUGGAGCAGAAGAAGAAGCCCAGGAAGCAAGAGUAAUACGAAAGGCAGAGAGGUCAAGAGUCAAGCCAAGUUCAGAAAGAAGGGCUGGAAGGAAAACACACGUAGAAGUGAGAAAGAAGGAAAGAAUAUCUAGAGACGAAGGUUCAGCUCAAGAGGAACUAGAACCUUGGGAAGGUGAACCCUUGACAGAGAGUGAGGCUGAGGGGGUCAUUUCAGGAGCAGAAGAUGAAGACACGACAGCCCAGGAAGCAAGAGUAAUACGAAAGGCAGAGAGGUCAGGAGUCAAGCCAAGUUCAGAAAGAAGGGCUGGAAGGAAAACACACAUAGAAGUGAGAAAGAAGGAAAGAAUAUCUAGAGACGAAGGUUCAGCUCAAGAGGAACUAGAACCUUGGGAAGGUGAACCCUUGACAGAGAGUGAGGAUGAGGGGGUCAUUUCAGGAGCAGAAGAUGAAGACAUGACACCCCAGGAAGCAAGAGUAAGACGAAAGGCAGAGAGGUCAGCAGUCAAGCCAAGUUCAGAAAGAAGGGCUGGAAGGAAAACACACGUAGAAGUGAGAAAGAAGAAAAGAAUAUCUAGAGAUGAAGGUUCAGCUCAAGAGAAACUAGAACCUUGGGAAGGUGAACCCUUGACAGAGAGUGAGGCUGAGGGGGCCAUUUCUGAAGCAGAAGCAGAAGAUGAAGACACGACACCCCAGGAAGCAAGAGUAAUACGAAAGGCAGAGAGGUCAGCAGUCAAGCCAAGUUCAGAAAGAAGGGCUGGAAGGAAAACACACGUAGAAGUGAGAAAGAAGAAAAGAAUAUCUAGAGAUGAAGGUUCAGCUCAAGAGGAACCAGAACCUUUGGAAGGUGAACCCUUGUCGGACACUGAGAUUGAGGGGGUUGUUUCAGCAGCAGAAGAUGAAGACAUGACACCCCAGGAAGCAAGAGUAAUACGAAAGGCAGAGAGGUCAGCAGUCAAGCCAAGUUCAGAAAAAAGGGCUGGAAGGAAAACACAUGUAGAAGUGAGAAAGAAGAAAAGAAUAUCUAGAGAUGAAGGUUCAGCUCAAGAGGAACUAGAACCUUGGGAAGGUGAACCCUUGUCGGACACUGAGAUUGAGGGGGUUGUUUCAGCAGCAGAAGAUGAAGACACGACACCCCAGGAAGCAAGAGUAAUACGAAAGGCAGAGAGGUCAGCAGUCAAGCCAAGUUCAGAAAAAAGGGCUGGAAGGAAAACACAUGUAGAAGUGAGAAAGAAGAAAAGAAUAUCUAGAGAUGAAGGUUCAGCUCAAGAGGAACUAGAACCUUGGGAAGGUGAACCCUUGUCAGAGAGUGAGGCUGAGGGGGUCAUUUCAGGAGCAGAAGCAGAAGAUGAAGACACGACACCCCAGGAAGCAAGAGUAAUACGAAAGGCAGAGAGGUCAGGUGUCAAGACAAGUUCAGAAAGAAGGGCUGGAAGAAGAGCAAGACUUGAAGGCGUGGUGGCCAGUGCAGAAGGUGCAGUGGAGGAAGAGGAUCUAAUUGAAGAGGAGGGUGAGGAAGUUGAAGAGGGAGGGACAGAAGUGAUUCUGGGAUCUGGAGUGGUAGCACCUAAACAGAAACAAAGAGUAGGAAGAAGGAAGACAGAGGCAGAAGGAGAAGGAGAAGUGGAUUUUGAAGAGACAAAGGCAGGGAGGAAGGUGGCAAUUAGAAGGAGGACAGAGGCUGAAGUUUCAGGGCAAGAGAGAGAAAGGGGGUCUCUGUCCAUGGCACAUGAGAAGGAAAUAGCCCAUGGGAUGACCAUCACAGGAAGCCCAAGGGUAGCCGGUGUGACAGAGGCAUCACACCUAUCCGAGCCAUUCACACAAAAAGCAGCAUUAGCAGAAGGAGGAAUGGGCAGUAAAGUCAGCUUCCAAGAUGAAGUGGAAAAAACACUAAAAGAGUCUGUGGCCGGGAAAAUGUCACCUGACCUGGAGGUGCAGGUAGAAGAUGCAAGCGAUGAAGUAGAGAAGGAAGAGGAGGCAUAUUACACAGGAGAACCAACGAUAACGCUGCGAGAUGUGGAGGAAGCUCUGUUGGCAGGGAUGCAGAAGUUGAUAGAACAAGUAUCGUUUAUGAGUGAAGAAGUGGAGGAGGAAGAGGAAGAAGAGCCUAAAGAACUUGAGGGGGAAGUUUCAGUAGAAGAGGCUCAAAUGCUGUCUCACAAGGAGGAGGCUGGGAGGAAAGAAGUUUUUGCAGCUGUAGUAAAAAGAAAAACAUGGGGUGCUCAGAGCGACAAAGCCAUGGAAGCAGGUACUGAAGAGCCUGUGGAGGAAAAAUAUAGAAACAAACAGAGGAGAACAGGAGAGGAAGAGUCUCCAGAAGAAAAUCUGCCGGUGAAAGAAAUUGUUCCCAGCAAUGCACAACAGCCUGAAGGACAGCCGCCAGUAAACUUCACUUUGCAAAUGAUCAGCCUAGAAUCUUCUCGAACAUCUGACUAAGAAGAAGGGACUAGGAAUGAAGAGUACUCUGGGGUUUGACAGUCCCACUGUGUCAUCACUAGAAGUCCCAAGGCAAGGUGGAAACAAUGACUCACCCAACCAAGCAUUCUCUCCAAUUAUUCCACAGCUUCCAUUUUCCCUUUUCCAUUAGUCAUAUUACAAUUAUGAUUAUUUAGCAACUUUUCCACAAAUCACUCUAGGCUGGUGCUGGCUGGGGUGUCUUCCCUCCUUUUUCUUUCUUUUCCUUCAUGAGUAGCAUAAACAUCUGCUGCUUUUUAACCAGAACAGCUCCAGACUAGAGAAAUAAGCCUAUCUAGCCCAUUUCAGAAAUAGCACUCCUUUAUAAUUAUGAAAGUAAUAAUCAUGAGGCCUGUCCAACAGCUGCCACACAUUUCUUUUAAAAAAGCAGAAAAUUAUUAUGUUGCUGGGAACUUCACAAAAAUCAGCCGGUUAACUGUGGUGAUAGUGAGAGCCACAAUGAGGGCUUUAUGUAGAAUAAUAAAACACCUGAAAAAACAGA